AUGGUUCAGUACUUGGCUGUUUUCCUGAUUCUGUGUAUUCCUUGCGGUUCACUUGAGACAACCACCUCACCACAGCAACAAAACACCGCAAAGUUAAAAGAUUUAUGUGAGGUAAGAAGAAAGAACUAUUUUACCCUCGAAAAUAGGUCACUAAAACGAACGCCGUCCCGGGAUUCAUUACUAGCAUUCAAAUUGAGGCUUUUGCAAGCUUUUCGCGUACCGUUUUUCACUUGCACAUCUUUAUUGUAUCAUAUAAUCCGCAAAGAUGCAUGAAAUGUAAUGCAGUUUGGACAGUUUAAUUGUCAACCUUUUGGUCCUUGAUUAACUGGCUUCCUUCAGUUUUAGGAAUUCAAACGGCAGUUUUUGUUUUGUUUUUAUUUUUCAAUAAAAACAUUUUUUUUAUCACCAGCUUUUGUGCGCUAACAAAGGACUGAAACGGUGGGUGUGUGACCUUUAGCGUUAAGAGGAAUGAAAUAGCUCAUUCUCACGAAUAAUGUUAAUCUAGGUCAUCUUUACUUUUAGAAAUCUAUACUAGGUCAUGGUUUUCCCGGCAUUCCAGGAUCUAAUGGCAUGCCGGGAGUGCCGGGCGUUCCCGGGCCGCAAGGACCCCAAGGAAGGGAAGGUGUAAAAGGACAAACCGGUGAUAAGGGAUCACAAGGAAGGCCGGGUCCACGAGGAGACAAAGGGCGCGAAGGGCCUCCUGGAAAGAGCGGACCACCAGGAAUCACUGGAAUAAAAGGUGACCCAGGACUUGUGGGAAUGAAAGGGGAACCAGGCGUUGUGGGAAAUCAAGGAAGAGAAGGAGACAAAGGAGAGAAAGGAGAAAGCGCCAAAGCAAGUCAAGCAAGUGUAGUACCAGAAACCAACUGGAAACAAUGUGUGUGGAAAUCAUACUCCGAUACUGACAAUGGAAAGAUUAAGGUGAACAAGAAAUGUGCUGAGUGAGAAACAUAGUGUGAGUCUAUAUGUAAGAAGACAAAGAUUUCAGUGUAAUUUUUUCUCAAAGGUUUGUUUAAAUGAAAUUUUACAGCUGUAGGAAGAUAAAUCUCCUUACCACUGUCAGCUGUCAAAGCUGCUUCCUUCCAAAGCUGAUAUUUUAGUUACUUCUACUCCUGGAUGAUGAUCUUUCAUUUAAAAAAAAAUUAAACUCUAAAAAUCUAAAAAUAAUAAUAAAAUAAUGCAUGAAUUUUGCUUUAUUUCAGGACUGUACGUUCAACAAAUUGAAGUCCAAUACAGCUCUAAAAGUCUCAUUCCAGGGAAAUAUAAGAAUGCGUAGUGAUCAGAAGUGUAAUCGAUGGUAUUUCAGAUUCAAUGGAAACGAAUGCACUGGUCCAAUGACAAUCGAGGCUGCAGUCUACAGUGAUUGGCCUGGGAGUCUUCCAAACCUUCAUCACCAUCGGUCAUUUGAGGGCUACUGCGAAAACAUUCCCAAAGGGACGGUUAGGGUGGAAUUAUGGGUAGGACAGUGUGGCAGCUGGAAGUUGGGUGAUGCUUACACUGGGUGGGUCUUCGUGUCUCGUAUAAUGAUUGAAGAAGUAUCUAGGCCACAAUCCUAG